AGGCCCUUGCCCUGCAGGCUCAGAGAGGGUGUGAGAAUCCCAUUCUGCUGCCUCUCCCCUUCUCCCUGAGACAGCAAGAGAUGCACUUGCUUCUGAGGACUGGUCACAGGGAGAAGCAGCAGCCAGGAAAGAGUGUAUUCUUCAGUGUUUUUUCCUUCAAGGGCAGACUUCCUUCCGACCCAUUUCUUUGGGAAACACAAAACCCCAAAACAAAUGGAAAGAAUCUCCCUUGGACUUUCUCCUGGCCCUGGAGCUUCAGUUGAAUGUGGGGGCCGACAAGAAUCUCCAGAGCAGCAGAAAUGUUUCUCAUCGUCCCACCAGCCAGGGGGCCUGGGCGGUUAGCUGGGAAGGCAGGGGAAAUGUGGGCAGGCAGUGAAAAGCUGCCCCAACUGUGCCCUCAGUCGCCAGAGUUAAACCCAGGAGCUCUGCAUUACCUAAGCAAGUGGCUCUUUUAUAGGGGCUGGGGCCAGUUUCUCAAUAACCUUUGUACCACCAGGAUCCUGGUGAGCUAAAAGCAAAACUUGGGGAAACUUAAUGAAGUGGCCUGGGAGAGGGCUGGGCAUGAUUUACCGUAUCCCAAGCCAGAGUUUUCUUUGUGGAAGAAAGCGACUUGUGUCCUCCCCUAACAUCACAUACACACUUUCCUGGCAGGCCCGAUGGGUUUCCAAGCAUUUCGUCACCGUCUCCUUCUGACCUUGGUGUGAAAGGAACGAGCCGCGUGGCCUGUUGGUUCCAGCAAAGCCAUCGGGGGCGCCGGCCUGGGCUGAGGGAGGAGGGCGACCCACUCGGGAGUGGAGGUGAGGUCUGCUGGAAAUCCCCAGCCCGGACAGCCGCCCGAGGUUUGAAGACGCCUUCUCCGGCCUUAUUUGGUCGCAGGAAGUAGGCGGCGCUAGGCCUGCUGGCUGCGAGGCCGACCCGAGACAGUUGUGCUGAUGAAGUGGUGGAGCUGGUUCCUGCUCGCCGCCGUGCCGCGCGCGCCGGCCGGCCGCUGGGCGCUCCGCGCUCCCAGCCCGGAGUUGUGCAAUCCUUUGUAGCACGCCAGAGAGUCCUCCUCCUUCGCUGUUGCCUCUCGCCCUCUCUCUCUCUCUCUUUUUUUUUUUUUUUCAAGCUGUGAGCUCAACCGAUGAGUCAGAGCAGUGCAAUCCUGACACUGCAUCGCAGGACUGGGGGUGACACGGAGGGAGGGAGAGCGAUCGCGAGGCAGACACCGCGGGCGCGGGGUGCGCCGAGGCUCCUGCGCCGUGAGCGAGGGGUGACAGCCCGCGCGUCCCGCCCGGGCCCUGCCAGCAAACUUCCCAGCCUUGGGAGGCGCGGGCUGGCGGAAGCCCUGCGAGCGCCGCGGGGAGGCGACGGCGCCUGUUUGUUUUUAAAAUCCGGGAGUGCGUGCAGGCGGCUGGAGCCUGGGAGGCGACCGAAGGCGGCGGCCCGCGGCGGAAAGGGGACAGCCGAUGCUGGAGCCCGGGCAGGAGCCGGGCUCCAGGGUCCUGUGGAACAUCAUGAACUGGGAAGAGUAGAGGAGCCCAAGAGCCAUCCUACAAAGAGCAAGGAAGAGCCAACAGUUCUUUCGCCCUGUGCCUGACCUCACCCCCCAGCACUUUCCCCUCCCCCUGUUCUGCCCCCACUGGCUCCUGGACUAGAGCUGGGCUUCCAGCAGAACAUCCCCACAGGGGAUGGGCAGCUGGUGAAGUAGGGCUCACUGCCGGGGCCCAGUUGGCCACACCAUGAACCUCCAGGCCCAGCCCAAGGCUCAGAACAAACGGAAGCGUUGCCUCUUUGGGGACCAGGAGCCAGCUCCCAAGGAGCAGCCCCCACCCCUGCAGGCCCCACAGCAGCCCCCAGCCCCUCCACAGUCCACCAGAGUGAAGGAGGAGCCUUACUUUGGGCACGAGGGUCCGGCAGGGGCCGCUCCUGUCUCCCAGCCUGUGGAGCUACCCCCUCCGAACAGCCUGGCCCUGCUGAAUUCUGUGGUGUAUGGUUCCGAGCGGACCACGGCGGCCAUGUUGUCCCAGCAGGUGGGCUCGGUCAAAUGGCCCAACUCUGUGAUGGCUCCAGGGCGGGGCCCUGAGCGUGGAGGCGGUGGGGGUGUCAGUGACAGUGGCUGGCAGCAGCAGCCAGGCCAGCCUCCACCCCACUCGACAUGGAACCGCCACAGCCUGCCCCUCUACAGCGGACCCAAGGGGAGCCCUCAUCCUGGCAUGGGGGUCUCUACCUACUACAACCACCCCGAGGCACUGAAGCGGGAGAAAGGAGGCGGACCGCAGCUGGACCGCUACGGAAAUGCCGUGCGGCCGAUGAUGCCACAGAAGGUGCAGCUGGAGGUAGGGCGGCCCCAGACGCCCCUGAACUCUUUCCAUGUGGCCAAGAAGCCCCCAAACCAGACACUGCCCCUGCAACCUUUCCAGCUGGCGUUCGGCCACCAGGUGAACCGGCAGGUCUUCCGGCAGGGCCCACCGCCCCCCAACCCCGUUGCGGCUUUUCCACCGCAGAAGCAGCCGCAGCAGCAGCAGCCGCAACAGCAGCAGCAGCAACAGGCCGCCCUUCCCCAGAUGCAGCUCUUUGAGAACUUCUAUCCCAUGCAGCAGCCACCCUCUCAGCAGCCCCAGGACUUUGGCCUGCAGCCGGCCGGACCCCUGGGGCAAUCCCACCUGGCUCACCACAGCAUGGCGCCCUACCCCUUCCCCCCCAACCCUGAUAUGAACCCAGAACUGCGCAAGGCCCUCCUGCAGGAGUCAGCCCCACAGCCUGUGCUACCUCAGUCCCAGAUCGCCUUCCCCCGCCGCUCCCGCCGCCUCUCGAAGGAGGGUGUCCUGCCUUCUGCCCCUCUGGAUGUGGCUGGCACCCAGCCUGGACAGGAGCCCACCAGCAACCUAUUCCUACAUCACUGGCCCCCACAGCAGCCACCACCCGGGCCCUUGGGGCACCCCCAUUCUGAAGCUCUGGGAUUCCCGCUGGAGCUGAGGGAGUCUCAGUUGCUGUCUGAUGGGGAGAGACUGGCACCCAACGGUCGGGAGCGGGAGGCUCCCACGAUGGGCAACGAGGAGGGCAUGCGGGCAGUGGGCACAGGGGACUGUGGGCAGGUGCUACGGGGUGGGGUGAUCCAGAGCACUCGACGGAGGCGCCGGGCAUCCCAGGAGGCCAACUUGCUGACCCUGGCCCAGAAGGCAGUGGAGCUGGCCUCACUGCAGAACGCAAAGGAUGCCAAUGGCUCUGAGGAGAAGCGGAAAAGUGUGCUGGCUUCAACCACCAAGUGUGGGGUGGAGUUUUCUGAGCCUUCCUUAGCUGCCAAGCGAGCACGAGAGGACAGCGGGAUGGUACCCCUCAUCAUCCCAGUGUCUGUGCCUGUGCGGACUGUGGACCCAACUGAGGCAGCCCAAGCUGGAGGUGUUGAUGAGGAUGGAAAGGGUCCUGAACAGAACCCUGCUGAACACAAGCCGUCAGUCAUUGUCACCCGCAGGCGGUCCACCCGUAUUCCUGGGGCUGAUGCUCCAGCUCAGACUGAUGACAUGAAUGUCAAGUUGGAAGGGGAACCUUCAGUGCGGAAACCAAAGCAGCGGCCACGGCCUGAGCCCCUGAUCAUCCCUACCAAGGCGGGCACUUUCAUUGCCCCUCCCGUCUACUCCAACAUCACCCCAUACCAGAGCCACCUGCGCUCUCCUGUCCGCCUAGCUGACCACCCCUCUGAGCGGAGUUUUGAGCUACCCCCCUACACCCCUCCCCCAAUCCUCAGUCCUGUGCGGGAAGGCUCCGGCCUCUAUUUCAAUGCCAUCAUGUCAACCAGCAGCAUCCCAGCCCCUCCUCCCAUCACGCCAAAGAGUGCCCAUCGCACCCUGCUCCGGUCUAAUAGCGCUGAAGUCACCCCACCUGUCCUCUCUGUGAUGGGGGAGGCCACCCCAGUGAGCAUCGAGCCACGGAUCAACGUGGGCUCCCGGUUCCAAGCGGAAAUCCCCUCCUUAAGGGAUCGUGCUCUGGCAGCUGCAGACCCCCACAAGGCCGACUUGGUGUGGCAGCCGUGGGAGGACCUAGAGAGCAGCCGGGAGAAGCAGAGGCAAGUGGAAGACCUGUUGACAGCCGCCUGCUCCAGUAUUUUCCCUGGAGCUGGCACCAACCAGGAGCUGGCCCUGCACUGUCUGCAUGAGUCCAGGGGAGACAUCCUGGAAACGCUGAAUAAGCUGCUACUGAAGAAGCCCCUGCGGCCCCAUAACCACCCACUGGCAACUUAUCACUACACAGGUUCUGACCAGUGGAAGAUGGCUGAGAGGAAGCUGUUCAACAAGGGCAUUGCCAUCUAUAAGAAGGAUUUCUUCCUGGUGCAGCAGCUGAUCCAGACCAAGACCGUGGCCCAAUGCGUGGAAUUCUACUACACCUACAAGAAGCAGGUGAAAAUUGGUCGCAACGGGACGCUAACCUUCGGGGAUGUGGAUACAAGUGACGAGAAGUCGGCCCAGGAAGAGGUUGAAGUGGAUAUUAAGACUUCCCAGAAGUUCCCAAGGAUGCCUCUUCCCAGAAGAGAGUCUCCAAGUGAAGAGAGGCUGGAGCCCAAGAGAGAAGCGAAGGAGCCCAGGAAGGAGGGGGAGGAGGAAGUGCCAGAGAUCCAGGAGAAGGGAGAGCAGGAAGAGGGGCGAGAGCGAAGCCGGAGGGCAGCGGCUGUCAAAGCCACACAGACACUACAGGCCAAUGAGUCGGCCAAUGACAUCCUCAUCCUCCGAAGCCAUGAGUCUAACGCCCCUGGCUCUGCUGGUGGCCAAGCCUCAGAGAAGCCAAGAGAGGGGGCAGGGAAGUCACGGAGGGCACUACCUUUCUCGGAGAAGAAGAAAAAACCGGAGACAUUUAACAAGACCCAGAAUCAGGAGAACACUUUCCCUUGUAAAAAGUGUGGCAGGGUGUUUUACAAGGUGAAGAGCCGCAGCGCCCACAUGAAGAGCCACGCAGAACAGGAGAAGAAGGCUGCCGCCCUGAGGCAGAAGGAGAAGGAGGCCGCCGCCGCCGCGGCAACCGCAGCCGCCGCCUCUCCGCACCAGCCCGCGCUGCGCGAGGAGAGCGGCGCGGGUGAGAGGGGCUGACGCCGCCGGGGCUCAGGGGCCCGCCCCUCGCCCUGGACCCCCGGCCCUCCCUGCACCAGCCUGCCCAAGCUCCUGCGAGCACCCUGGAACCUCCAGAGGGAGAGAGGAGAGAUCACGUGGACUUUUCUCUGAAGAACAAGACAAUAAAAUAAACGGCUCUUUUAUUUAUAAAGGCCCCAGGAGCAGUCGUCUAGGCUGCAGGAUCCAGUUCUCUUUGCAUUCUGUCUGUCGGAAGUAGUCCUUGCGCGUUCCUCCAACUGCACUGCGAAGGCCCCUGCUGGCUGGGGCUGCCCCUCCGGACACGGGCUCCAGCGCCGCCACUGCUGCCUCCCACGCUGGGACCGCUGCUGCCGCGCAGCCUCUUCCGGUCCUCCUGGUUCCCCCUGCUCCCCCUCGGUCACCAUGGAGAGCCAAGCAAGCACAAGCUCACCCUCCUUGCAGCAUUAUUCCCCGCCCCCCCCCCCCCAGAGGACCUCAAAGGCUGCACAGGCCCUGCCCCAAGCCCCGAAAAGAGGAACUCCCCUGGAGGGAUUGUGGUGGCCGUCUCCGAGAAGGAGCUCAGCCUGGUACCUGUGCUGUCCCCUACACGACAAUGUCCAGGCCUAAGCUGCUCCGGUGACCCUGUCCUCAGGCCACCACCUAUGGGAGGAAAGCUACCAGAAUGCCUAUAGGGCAGAGGACAGGUACCUGUCCCUUUGCUGCUUGCUAGCGGCCUGCUAGGGCUCUGAAGUUUUCUCAGAUAUUUGGGGAAGGGGCCAGUGUUGGGUCUCAAGCUCUCAGUCUGUUGGAAGGAAGGGAACUGUGCAGAGGGUGGAAGUUGUAGGGUUGGGCUGGAGAGAACUUUUGAUAAGCCCUGGCUCUUCCUGCUUCCCACCUUUUUGCCAAACACUUUUGGUCCCCGAAGGCUGCUAAGGGGGCUUAUCCUGGGCCCAGCCUGUUCCCUCUUGCCGCAGGUUCCUUGCCUGCGUAUGUCCUGCCCUUGGCAGCUGCUUCCUCACCCCAUCCCACCUGGUCUAGCGUGGAUAUCCACUGCCCAGCCCCCGGUCCUACAUGCUGGAGAUUUCUGGAUCCUUCCCUGGGAGGGGGAGGUCUCCUAACCAGAUUGGACAGGAGCCUUCAUUCCUCGACUUGUGUCAUUUGGGAGCUAUUUAUUUAUUCUUAAUAUUUAAUUUUUAACAUCCUCUCAGGGACCAGGGGCCUCUUGCUUUCCAGAGGCCCAAGUGCAUUUAUCCCAAAAUAAGGCACCUUCUUGGCAUCCGCCCCCCCCCCCCCCCCAUUCCUAAGACCCUAAGGUCCCUCACCUCAUUGCUCUGGAAGCUGUUGCCAGUAGGAGUGAUUAGUAGCACUGAAAGAGGGUGGAAAGGUGGAAGGUGUCACCAAAGCCACACAAAGACCAGCAGGAGCAAGGGAGAUCAAAGGCAGUUCUUAUUGCUACCUCUUCUCUGGCUGUAUUUUCAGAUUGCCUGAGGGGAUUGACUGGAAGCCAGAAUUCUAGUUCUGUUUCUAGUUUGAAGAAGCCAUAUUUGGCAUGGAGUCACUGAAGUGAAGUGCUAGAAGGUUCCAGAGGCCUCCCUUGCCAGUCCCAUAGAGGGCUGAGUUAUUUUUCUGAUCUUGCUACUCAAGUUUAGUUGUGUUAGAAGUUCUAAGUGAAUGCAAGUAUGUUGCAAGAAUGCAGGUCAGCAUGUUAGAAGGAGCCAAAAAUUCUACUACUCUCCUUACAAGAUAGCCUAAAGGCGCCAUGUUGGUAGCUAAGAGUGGGGAGGGAGUUUUGUUUCUAAACUAUGCACUAACUGGUGUUUUUCAGCAUUGAUUUAUGCAUUAAUAUGGUUCUUCAAGACCCCAGAUAUGGGAGCAACAUCUUUCUCCCCGCCAGACUCCAGGACCGCUACAUAGAUCUUCAACUUCCCAGUUAGUUUCCUCCAAAGGCUUCUACAAACUCAAUGUCCCAAGAUCGCAGAAAUCUGGUAUACCCUCCAGAAAUAGAAGGGUAGCAAAUUUAGGCUGUCUGCUAAAUCACUUAUGUAAUAAGAGUGCCUUCGCAGCUUUGCCCCAAAGUGCUACUUAUGUUUCCCAAGGUUUUUUCUAUUUAAAUAUAAUUUAGUUUCAGGCCCCUCUGUGGACACAUGGUAACAGGAACCUCCUUCGUUUAGAGUGAUUCUCCUCUUCUAAGCUCAUAGAAAUCAGACUAGGUGAAAUGUUGGUGGAGAAAAUCAAGGUGGUACCUCUGUAUUAAUUCCACCAGACCCUGUAUUUUAGAAGCGUUCAUGCUCCAGGAUGGAUUUAUAUCUAGAAUAUAAGGUGAAAGUUAAAAUGUUUAGAGGGCAGAUGCAAUUGUUCCAAGUGACCUGCCAAUAAAGUAGGUGCAGCCAUAGGAGCUGGGAUAGGUAUAUCCUUUAUGGUGCUUUCUCCCUGUGAACACAUUAGGCUCGUCUUGUUUUUCUUUUUUCUUCUGUUCAGAGCUGUUUAAGAAGUUAAAUGACAAACACCUCCAGCUUUAUUAUGCCCUCCCCACACCAUUUCACAUAUCCAUCUUCCAGUCUCCAUCUACACUUCGCUAAGGGCAUGAAAUUAACCUAGUGCCUGUGUUCCAGACCGUUUCUGAGGUCUCUUACCCACCCACGGAGUCUGUGCUUCAGAGCACUGGCCUCCAUGCCUUCAGCAGCCCCCCUCACAGCUAAGGUACACCCUCAUCCCUUCUGCCUCCCCACCUCCACCCCUGGCACAGAGGUCGUGUGCUGCUUAUGUCUAAAAGAAAUCCCCUAUAUUUAACUGCCUCAGUGACCUAACCUCUUUCUUCUCAUGUGCCAGAUGUUAAGAUGAAGGAGGAAUACAACACAUACUCAAGCCUCAGCUGUUUAAAUAUAUUUUCUCUGGGGCUCUCUUUUUUCGAGCGGUAUUUAUUACCAGACUAGCAAGCCUAACUCCUUAGGUUUACAGGAAGUAUGCAUAUUUUUAUAAAACAAUUGUAUGUCCUCCCCCUAUUUUGCUGUGUUAAUAUUUGCCUCUAACAGUUUGCAGCUGUUUCACCUUUUCCUUGUUUGUCUCUAAGUUGAAGGCCUUGUUUGGAGGGGACAGCACAGGAACAGCCUUGACAGUCUGUAAUUAUUGUACAGAUAUUUUAAUAGCAUAUAAAUAAGUAUAUUCCUUUUAUUUUGGGGAAAAAACAUCAGACACUGCCUUUUGUGUGUUUGCUGCCUGUGGCACCCUUUUUUAAAGACUGUUACAUAUUAAAAUAGUGUGUAUAUAUAUAUAUAUAUAUAUAUAUUACCUCUUUUGCUGUACAGUUGUGAUAGACCAGACUGAAGAUUUUAUUUUUUGUGUGCUUUUUAUAAAAAAAAAAAAUAACACACUAAAGUAAAUCUUGCGGAUGUGAUUGUAAUGUACCUAUGUAACUUAUUUACUUUUGAAUGUUCUUCUGUAUCUUUAAACCUUUUAUUAAAUAAGGUUUUAAAAAUUCA